UGGAAAGUUAUCCAAGAAGAGAUAAACGACGUCGUCUCUUGACCGUCCUAGAAGUAUCUCUAAACUAUAAAUACUUUGAUACAAGUCAUGAUUGCAUCUUUCUCAUUUACAACAAAGCUAGGGUUUCAGAUUCGCAUUCUAAUCGGGAUCUCUUACAGACAAAUUUGGAGAUCGAAACCAUACGUAAUCGAAUAUUUAUCGAGGAUCGAUUUUUGUCGAUCUUUUGGACUCAAGCAAUGGGAAAGAGGAAGUCAAGGGCAAAGCCACCGCCCAAGAAGCGAAUGGACAAGCUUGAUACUGUCUUCAGUUGUCCCUUCUGUAACCAUGGCACCAGUGUUGAAUGCCGCAUAGAUAUGAAGAAUUUAAUUGGUGAAGCUGUAUGCUUGAUAUGCCAAGAGAGCUUCAGCACCACUAUCACAGCUUUAACUGAACCAAUCGACAUAUACAGCGAAUGGAUCGAUGAAUGCGAAAGGGUGAACAACCUUGAGGAUGAUGGUGCUUAGGAGGAGAAGAUAAUGUCUAGAAAACUUAAUUGGUGAUUGAAUGGAAUAAGUUUUCUUGUAUAUUUUGCUAUGAUAGUUGAUGGGGCUUGCCAUUGUUGCACCAUCUUAUGGCUUGUUACACCAUGAAUGUUAUGUAGCAAACAGAGAAGUUGUGCAAUUAAACGUUAGUAAUGGAGUUUGGCAAUAACGGGUGUUGUAAAUAUUGAAGUUUUCUUGUUCAUGAAUUUUAGAAGAUGCAAUAUAUAAAUGGCUUAUAUUA